CACGCAGCGGGCAGCCGAGGUCCAGCAGUACCUGCCCGUCCCUGCGUCCGGCAACAACUCCUGCUGCCGGCUGCCGGCGCCAGGACGCCAUGAAGCAGCUGUGCCUGUGUGCUGCCGCCUCUUUCGCGCUGCGGCUCAGCCCCACUGACCUAGGCUCCUGCCCACCUUGCGGCCCCUGCCCCAUCCCGAAGCCCACAGCCAGAGGCAGGCGCCAGAGCCAGGACUGGGGCAAAAGCGACGAGCGGCUGCUGCAGGCUGUGGAGAACAAUGACUCUACUCGGGUGGCUGCCCUCAUCUCUCGCAAGGGGCUGGUGCCCACGAAGCUGGACCCCGAGGGCAAGUCUGCGUUCCACCUGGCGGCCAUGAGGGGUGCAGCCAGCUGUCUAGAGGUCAUGCUGGCCCACGGCACCAACGUCAUGAGCACGGAUGGGGCAGGUUACAGUGCCCUCCACUUGGCUGCCAAGUAUGGACACCCAGAGUGCUUGAAGCAGCUGCUACAGGCCUCCUGUUUGGUGGACGUUGUGGACAGCAGCGGGUGGACAGCCCUGCACCAUGCAGCGGCUGGUGGCUGCAUCGCCUGCUCAGAAAUGCUUUGCUCCUUCAAGGCACAUCUAAACCCUCGAGAUCGCUCAGGUGCGACGCCCCUCAUCAUAGCAGCGCAGAUGUGUCACACAGAUCUGUGCCGCCUUCUCCUGCAGCAGGGGGCUGCCGCCAAUGACCAGGACCUGCAGGGCAGGACUGCGCUGAUGCUGGCCUGUGAGGGGGCCAGUCCCGAAACAGUGGAGGUGCUGCUGCAGGGCGGGGCCCAGCCGGCUAUCACCGACACACUGGGCCAGGAUGCUGCCCACUAUGGCGCCCUAGCAGGGGACAAACUCAUCCUGCACCUCUUACAGGAGGCGGCCCAGCGCCCCUCCCCCCCCAGCGAGGAUGACUCAGGCGAGGCAUCAUCUCAGAACUCUGUGUCCAGUCAUGAAAAGCGAGGGGGUCCCAAGAAGCGGAAGGCACCUCAGCCCCCUGCCAGUACCCCUAUGCCGGAUGAUCGAGAUGCCUAUGAGGAGAUUGUGCGGCUGCGACAGGAGAAGGGCCGCCUGCUGCAGAAGAUCCGGGGCCUGGAGCAGCACCAGCAACGGAGGAAGCAGGAGCUGCCAGAGGCAGAAGCCAGCUCCCUCCACAGCCUGGAGAGACAGGUGCAAGAGCUACAGCAGCUGCUGGCAGAGAAGCAGGAGGAGAAGGAGAGUCUGGGGCGAGAGGUGGAAAGUUUGCAGAGCCGACUGUCUCUGAUGGAGAAUGAGCAGGAGAAUACCAGCUAUGAUGUCGCCACCCUGCAGGACGAGGAGGGUGAGCUGCCUGACUCUCCAGGGGCCGAGGCACUGCUCUCCACGCGACUCAGCCCAGCGUCCCGGGAUCUCUUGGCCUCACUGCGGGAGCAGGUGGCUGCGCUCACCAGACAGAACCAGGAACUUCUGGAGAAGGUCCAGAUCCUAGAGAACUUCGAGAAGGAUGAGAUGGAGGCAAACGGCUUGGCUGAGGUCAUCCCUCUGGCCCUUUACGACUCUCUCCGGGCUGAGUUUGAUCAGCUGCGCAGGGAGCACGCAGAGGCCCUGCGGGCACUGGAGCAGCAGGAAGCACAGGGGACCCCCAGAGAAGAGGGGACAGCCCCCGGGGAGCACAAUGGCACAGGAGACAAGACCACCAGAAAUGGGGCCGUGGAAGCAGAGUGUGAUGGCACCUCAGCUGCAGAAACCAAAGUUAACGGAGUGGAGGCUCCUGAAGAGGAGGCCACAGGCGUGGAAACAGUAGAAACUGGGACUUCAGAAACAGCAGCCACAGGAGCAGUGGCCACAGGGACAAAGCCCACGGAUGUGGAGGCCACAGGGACAAAGCCCACGGAUGCUGAGGCCACAGGGACAAAGCCCACGGAUGCUGAGGCCAUGGGAGCAGAGGGUGUUGGGGCUGAGGCCUCAGAAACAAAACCUCAGGGGACCGAGGUCACAGAAGUGAAAGCCCUUGAUCGCGAGAGAGGAGGCCAGGCAGAGGCCACAAACACGAAGGCAGAGGGGCCGGAGAUGAAGGCUGGUGGAGUGGGCGCUGUGGAGACAGAGCUCGCGGGUGUGGAGACUGUGAACAUGGGGAACAUGGGCCCCAAGGACACAGAGACAGCGAGAGAGGAGGCCACUGCCCCCACUUUUCCCACUGACCCUGUCCUACACCCUGGUGCAGCCGAGGCCUCGGAAAGGUUGCAGGCAGAGCUUGAGACCAGAAUUCGUGCCCUGGAGGAGGCGCUCCGGCAGCGGGAGCGGGAGGCAGCCGCUGAGCUGGAAGCAGCCCGUGGCAAGUGUGAGGCUGCCGAGGCCGAGGCCGGCCGGCUGCGGGAGCAGGUGCGCGGGGCCGAGAGCAUCGAGGUCAGCAGAGCUUGCGGUGGGGACACAGUCCAACUUCGGGCAGCCCUGGAGCAGGCCCGGGAGGACCUUCGAGCUCGGGACUGCCGCCUCCGAGAGCUGGAGGCCGCCUCCGCCUACCUGGAUGAGGCCAGGGCUGGCCGGCUGCUGGCUGAGGAGGAGGCCCGGGGCCUGCGGGCGGAGCUGGCCCAGCGAGAGGAGGUAAGGCUGGAGCAGAGCCGGGAGCUGGAGGUGCUGCGGGAGCAGCUGGCCACUGCCACAGCCACGGGGGAGCAGCACCGGGCAGCAGCGGCCGAGCUGGGCCAAGCCCGGGACGCAGCUGAGGCCCGGGCAGCUGAGCUGGCCACAGCUUGUGAGGAGGCCCGAAGGGGCCUGGCCGAGCUGCGGGAGGCCUCCGAGGCCCUCCGCCAGUCAGCAGUGCCGGCCGCCACGCACCACCGGCUGCAGGAGGAGGCCCUGGAGCUGCGGGGUCGGGCCGCCAGCCUGGAGCAGGAGGUGGUAGCCACAGGCAAGGAGGCUGCCCGGCUGCGGGCGGAGCUGGAGCGGGAACGUGUGGGCAGCGUGGCCCGCUUGGAGCAUGACCGCAUAGUCGGCGCCCUGCAGGCCGACGUGGCCCGACUGGAGGGGCAGCUGGAGGACCUGGGACGGCGCCACGAGAAGACCAGCGCUGAGGUCUUCCAGGUGCAGCGGGAGGCGUUGUUCAUGAAGAGCGAGAGGCACGCGGCUGAGGCCCAGCUGGCCACGGCAGAGCAGCAGCUUCGGGGACUGCGGACCGAGGCGGAGCGGGCACGCCAGGCCCAGAGCCGGGCACAGGAGGCCCUGGACAGGGCCAAGGAGAAAGACAAGAAGAUCACAGAACUAUCCAAGGAAGUCUUCAGCCUUAAAGAGGCCCUGAAGGACCAGCCAGCAGCCCCAGCCACCCCGGAAGUGGACGCCCUCCGAGGCCAAGUGAAAGCUCUGCAGGAGAAGCUGGAGGAGGCUGCCAGGGAGCACAGUGCAGUGGUGGCCUUGUAUCGGAGCCACCUCCUCUAUGCCAUCCAGGGUCAGAUGGAUGAAGACGUGCAGCGGAUCCUGAGCCAGAUCUUACAGAUGCAAAGACUUCAGGCUCAGGGGCACUGAGCACAGCCCCCCCACGUCCUCCCGGCUCCACCCUCGCACCCCAGGCCCUGCACUGGGGCAUCCAGCGAACACACUGACUUGCGCCCUGGGCCCCUUCCUGACUCUCUGGCUGUCUCCAUCAUUCCCACUGGUCAGUCGAGACCCCACCCCACCCCUCACCCCAUCUCCCCUACUGGAGAAGCUGAGUCCCUACCCCCCAGAUGUCGCUCCAGGAAUAAAAGCUCCAGGUGCACAGGACCAAAGCAAGCGUGUGACUGGAUUGCUGGGUUCCCAUUGCAAGGAAGGGGGUGGCCAGAGCAGAGAUUAAGAAUCAGGGUGACUGCCACAAUCUCAUUCCCCUAAAACACAAAGAGUCAAAGGGACCCUUAAAAAUUCGCAAUGAAUAAGGCAUAACGUCAGGACAGGAUGUGAGUUCACUCUCUGAAACCCAGCUGGAUGGGAGAGUCCCAGCCUUGACUCCCAGCCUCUGAAAUCCCCCGAGCAAUUCCCCGCUUUUCCCUUUGGGGGCAGCACGUGCUGCUCACCCCUCCCCCAUGAGUGUCACCUGUCCCCAGGUCUCCUUGAGCUUCCAGGGCAGAAAUCACGCCUGGAGGAGCGUGGCCACCGAGGGGCUGCCUCUCCGGGUCCUGUGUUUGUUUCGGGGCCUCUGUGGUCUGGGGUACAAAGUGCAGCCAGCAGGGGUGGAGCUGUCCCGUGAGCGUAGAGUGGAGGGGUCCUGUGGGUGCCGGGACCUCUCUGUACCCGUCUCCAGGUCUCUGUGUCUCUGCCCCUCACCUCCUGUUUCUGCCCAUUUCUCUUGGCCCCCCCGGCCCCCGACUCUCUGGUCUGUCUCUGUAUUUCUGUCUCCUGUUCUGU